AUGAUUUCCUUGAAUGAUUAAUUUAGGUCAAAGGACUAAAUAAUAAAUAAGUAAGGCAAAUUAUUUAUAACUAUCAUAGAGCUCUGUAGAAAGAAUAAUAAAUUGAAAAUUAUGAAUGGUAAAGUUCCAUUUCAGAAUACGAAUAUUUAUUUUGGAAUUCUGAGAAUUACAGAUUUAAAAAGAUCAAAUAUGAAGUCUAAUUAACAAAAGAGAAAGAAAUUAAAUACAUUUAAGAUGGAUAGAUUCUUAGGAUGUCAGUUUAUUAUACAAAUAUAGUGAAUAAGUAAUAAAUUCAAUCUAAAAACCUGAAAUCUUGACUAACUUACAAUAGAUUAAAUAUCUUCAAUGGUCUGGAAAAUACGGGCAAUAUUCUUUGAAAAUAGGUAGAUGGUCAGCUACUUGGAAUAAUGAAAUUAUUUUAGAAAGUGGUGGAUAUUACUCUGAAGAUGGAUAGAAGCAAGGUUUAUGGAAAGAUAUAAACAGGCAAUAUUGGAGGUAAGAUAUAGUUAUUAAUCGUCACGUAUAGCGAAGCCCAAAUCUAUGAGAUAGGACUAUAUAUUGAUAAUACAAGAAGGGGAAAAUGGAAAUAUAUCUACAAUAAUAAUGAAAUGUAUUAUAAAUUGAUUAGUUUUUUAGAGGUGGAGGCUUCUAUGAUGAGAAGGGUUUAAAGAUUGGCAAAUGGAUAGAAUUGAGCGAAUGCUUUUGGAAGUAAANUAAAUUGAAGAGAACUUAGUAUAUCAAAAAUCUUUAGUAUUUCGAAUAAUAGUAAAUUAGGAAGAUAUAAUGA